CCCAGAGUGGCGGGGCGACGUCAGGCGGAAGGGUGCGGGGCGCGCACGCUUUAAAUGGUAUUCGCUGUCAUCCGAGCUCGCAGCCGUGUGGGCAGGAGCGGGCUAUAUAAGCGGGGGUCUGGACACCGCGGGGCAGACGGCAACAGCAUCGGCAGCGAGCACCUCUGGUGGCAGAGCGGAGCCGCUGCCCCGGAGCCCCACGCUUCCCCACGCUUCCCGACGGGCCCACCUGCCCGCCCUCCCCAGGAGCGCCGACCUGGCCCGCGAGGGCCGCUGCCACCCCCCAGCAGAUUUGGAUCCCCCGACCCGAGAGCCCCAGGCUGCUGCCUCCCGGGGGACCCCGGCGCAGCGGCCGUCCCCAGAGAGCCCCGCAGCCCCUCCGCCGGGCUGCGAAGACACCGGCAGCGCCAUGGCGGCGGCCAAGCCCGGCGAGCUGAUGGGCAUCUGCUCCAGCUACCAGGCGGUGAUGCCGCACUUCGUGUGCCUGGCGGACGAAUUCCCGCAGCCGGUUCGGCCCGCCAAGCUGACAAAGGGCAAGGGCCGGCUGCGGCGGCCGCGCCAGUCCCGCUUCAAGACGCAGCCCGUGACCUUCGAUGAGAUCCAGGAGGUGGAGGAGGAGGGGGUGUCCCCCAUGGAAGAGGAGAAGGCCAAGAAGUCUUUCCUACAGAGCCUGGAGUGCCUGCGCCGCAGCACGCAGAGCCUGUCGCUGCAGAGAGAGCAGCUCAGCAGCUGCAAACUGAGGAACAGCCUGGACUCCAGCGACUCUGACUCGGCCCUGUGAGGGGCGCCGCCCGCAACAGGGACUCGCGCGUCUCCGCGCCCGCCGGGGACAAGCGUGCGAACUCGAGAUGGCCCGCGUCCCAGGGACCCCUGAGGACCCGAGACCGGGGGCCCUCGCGCGCUUGGAUUCUCGCCCGGCUGCGAACUGCUCUGUGCGCCCGCCCAGCGCCGCGCUCGCCCUGGAUUCGAGCGUGCGCGCAGGGGCACCAGGGAGGGGGCCGCUUUCUUUGCCCUUGUAAAUGUUUCUUUUUUAACUCUUCCUAUUACAAACUCUGCUGUGACUGUGUGCGACAAGGCGCGCCGGCUUUGAGUCGCCCGCUUCUUCGGAGCUGGAGAGCUGCUCCACGCCCUUGUCCGAUGGUUGGCAACUCCGACUUUGCACACCGCCCCACCACCGUGCCCCCCAGCGCACAACCGUUCACACUCACGCCAACACACUGUCGCCGAACACUUUUAUAAUUGUUAGGCGCGGCCGAUGGGACUUGGGGCACAGCGCAGCUCCUGCUGCGACCGGAGGAUUGAUAUUUAUUUUUGCAUUGCGAUGGCUGACUGCGUUUAUUUAACGAUCUUUUUAUCUGGAUAUGUCUGAACCUCCCAAACGGAGACAAAUAAAAUCAAUAUAUUUGCACAGUG